AAGGAUUGCGGUGUUUUCGUACACAAAUCCUUCAAAGGAUCAAGAACAACUACAUCGGUCUGACAGUGGAGUCUGGGUCUGCAUGUGGAUGUAUGACGCAAGCUGGGACUCCUCUUAUAUUUGGCCAUGCACUCAAGUGAGGAGGAUGCAGAUCGCUUUGUACCUUGUUCGAGAGCCCAUGAACUACAUAAGGCAUACAGUGCUCACAGAAGCAAGAACAGUUGCACCUCAAGUUGAAGCUGCAGUCGAAGAGUACAAGAAAGCCCAUGAAAGGAGGAAAAAGGAAAGAGAAGAGCACAAGGAAACCCAG